AUGCGGUACUACGAGAAAGCGUUGCCGGACACGGAUGAGAUUGUCAUGUGCCAAGUCCAGCAGAUUGCUGAGAUGGGUGCGUAUGUCAAGCUGCUUGAAUAUGAUAGUGCGGAGGGCAUGAUUUUGCUCUCGGAACUGAGUCGACGACGCAUUCGCAGUAUUCAGAAGCUCAUUCGUGUGGGUCGCAACGAGGUCGUGGUGGUGCUCCGUGUAGACAAGGAAAAAGGCUACAUUGAUUUAUCCAAGCGCCGUGUGUCGCCCGAGGAUGUGAUCAAGUGCGAAGAGCGCUACAGCAAGGCGCGUGCAGUGAACAGCAUUGUGUCGCACGUGUCCGGCAAGCUUUCGAUUCCCAUCGAGGAGCUCUAUGAGAAAGCUGUAUGGCCGUUGGAUCGUAUCUAUGGUAAUGCAUACGAUGCUUUCAAGCUCUCCGUCACCGAGUCUGCUAAGGUAUUUGACGGGAUCGACGUAGACGCCAAUGUGCUGCGCGAACUGGAAGCCAACAUUGCGCGCCGCUUGACACCGCAGCCUGUCAAGAUCCGUGCCGAUAUUGAAGUAUCGUGUUUUGGCUACGAGGGCAUUGACGCCGUAAAGAAGGCGCUGCGCGCGGGCGAAGCGCUGUCUACUGAGGCGAUCCCUAUCAAAAUCAAGCUCGUCGCACCCCCCCUCUAUGUCCUGGUCACCCACUCUACGGACAAAACUGGUGGUAUUGAUAUGCUUGAAAAGGCGCUUGAAAAGAUCACUGAAUCGAUUUUGAAGAGCGAUGGCAAAGUUGUGGUAAAGAUGAAGCCCAAAACGGUUUCCGCCGUGGAAGACGAGGAGCUCGCACAGCUGAUGGCCCGUGUGGAAAAAGAGAACACAGAGGUUGAGGGCGAUGACGACUCGGACGAUGACGAGUAA